CACAUCUCCCAAACAAGAGAGGCAAGUCGGGCAGUCAAGAGCCGAGCAGAUAAGGUUGUGGACGGGUUCAGGUCUUGUGGGCAUUGGCCGUGGGUACCUCCGUGAAGUGCUCGCAGUCUGGAAUGGAAGUCCAGAGUGGAUCGGGUAUCAGGUGUGCCAAUAGUGCGCGGCGUCGAGACUAGAGGUGAUAUAUACCUCCCUGAGCGUUGACAAUGUUUUGAUCUGGCAAUAUCACAAGUUAUCAUAUGAUCUCAGGUAUUGGCCAAGAACCAUCAGAAGGCUACGUUUAAACCUCGACACAGUCUACGAUGAUCGCCACCUUGGACAAUCCAGUGGCCGUGGUCCAUGUUCCGAUCAGUCCACAGGAGCGGCAAGCAGGCAAGAUCUCCAAGCAGAAUCUGGAGAAGGCUGUCGUGGCACUCACCCAGGACGGAGUAGUAGUGCUGGACAAUGCCAUUGCCGAGGAGAGCCUGGAUUUUCUGAACACGCGCAUGGUCGAAGAGGCUAAAGUUCUGCGCGAAGGGUCUUCCACUUGGUUCAACUACGACAGCAAGGCCCAGAAUAUCCUGCAACACAUGAUCCCGGAGCCUGAGUAUCUUCUUCCCGAUGUUCUCGCAAAUCCUUUCGCCGUGGAAGUGUGCAGUACGAUGAUGGGACCGAACCCGGUCCUCCGAUAUCACAAGGCAAACACCAAUUUCCCGGGAGAAAGCCGCCAGCCUGUCCACUGCGAUGUGCAUUAUGAACAUCCUCGCGCCUGCUUCAGUCUUGCUGUCAAUGUCAUCUUGAUUGACUGUUCGGCUGAGAACGGCUCGACCGAGUGCUGGCCGGGCACGCAUGCGACGACCAAGUUCUCGGACCAAAAUGGCAUGAAAGGCAUACAUCAGCACCUCUUGGACCAGAGACUUGCGUCCCACGGUGCCCCAGUUCAGCCGACCAUCAAAAAAGGAGGCCUUAUAAUCCGUGAUAUGAGGUUGUGGCACGCAGGGAUGCCCAAUCGUACGGCCGACGAGGUCCGGGUCAUGCUAAACCUCACCUUCUUCGCAAAUUGGUACCGGUGUCCAAUGACCAUUACUUUCCCAAAGUCUGCCGAAUCAAAGGUCCGCCAGAUUGAGAAGGAAGGCGGCAUUCAAAUUGCAGCUGAGUUUGUCGACCAAGUGGAUCAUCGAACACUUGAGCAUGUCCAUGAUUUCGGACAGGACGAUAAAAGGGAAGAAUUCGGCAGAUGGCACAACAAGAUUGCUGCAAAAUGACGGAAAGAGUUGCAACAAAAAGCCUACCAGAGUACCCGGAUAAGCAUUGGGUAGGUCGAGCCUAUGCUCAUGCUGGAAGUUUUGGAAGAAUAGAGGAGGCAUUUGUAGGUGUAUUCUGCUUCCAAGAGUUGCUCGUGGGCAAGGUGGCUGGAGUGACUGCAGUUCAGUCCCCAUUGGGCUUGAUGUUCUGGUAAUGCUUUUCUACACAGAUACAAUGGAAUCGUCCCAGCUACGGUCCUCCUCGGGAUCUCUAUCCACGAUGGCGCAAUCACACCCACCAACG